AGAGAAUCCCUGGCAUAGCAUGGUGUUGUACCGUCCCGGUCUUCUGCCUCUGCCCUGUUUUAGCGUCCACCAUGUUCCCUUGCAGAGAUGAACUCGUGUGUGUUGGAUGAGCAGAACUUCCGUCACUGCUGUCAGCUCCUCCUGCAGCAGUCAGAGCAGCUGAAAGACGGCUGGAGCUGGGAAGUACUCCAGGGUUCAGAGGAAGGCUACCUGAGGAAGACUGCUCUCAGGUCAGUCGUCAUUGACUCGAGCCCAGUGUGGAAUCAGGAAGGAUCAGGUUCAGAGUCUGAGCUACACACUUCCUGUCACUCCUGGCCAAAGGAACAGUCUGUCCUUGUUGGCCUACUUGAUGCUGACAGCAUCAAAGGUGACACAGAUGAUGAAGAUGAAGAUGAUGGGGCCUGCACAGUGUCUGAAGGCAGCAGCCAGGCGCUUCAGUACGAGUAUCACAUCCUGUACUCCUGCAGCUAUAGUACUCCUGUACUCUAUUUCAGAGCCUUUACUCUGGAGGGACGGAGCCUGUCACUGGAGGAGGUGUGGAGCUCUGUUCAUCCAAACUUCAGGCUUCGACUUCAGAAGAAUCCUCUGAACACAAUCACGCUGCAGGAGCAUCCCCUGCUGGGUCAGCCUUUCUUCAUGCUCCACCCCUGCAGAACAGAGGAGUUUAUGAGGCCUGUGCUGCAGAUGGCUCAGGACCAGCACAGGCCAGUGAACUAUGUGUUGUCGUGGCUCAGCGUGGUGGGUCCUGUGGUGGGUCUGGAAGUCCCUCUGAAGUACUCCACCCAGCUCCAUCCUGCAGCCUCACUCAGCAGCACCAAGCCAGACUGAGGCUUCACCUGCUCUGCUCGUCUCUUUAUCAGCACCUCUGUGGAGCCUCUCUGCGUGGAGGCUGGAUUAUCAACCAGGCAAAGCAGGCAGCUGUCCCAGCACCCACGACCCUCAAAGACCCAGAACGCCCAAGGUUGUCUGUGUGCGAGUUACUUUGUGUUCAUUUAAUUCCAAAUUUGUUUGGCAGUAUGAUGAAACACAAGAAAAAAAGGCCUGAUGUAGCUUCUGAAUUUUAACCUGAUCUUGAGGCCGUGUUUUAUUGAAGGUCCUAGUUUUAAUACUUUAAGUAUUUCCCUUGAUAUUACACGGUGGACAUUCUGAAUGACGUUGUCACCAAAAACUAAAGCAAAACUAGGGCAGGGUGGUGUUCCAGUGUAUAUUCAGGCUGUUUAUCACCUUUUCAUACAUGCAAUCACCUGGAAUCUGUCUUUUUAGUAAGAUGGAUAUCAAGGACAGUAUGAAAGGUUAGCAUGAUGCCAAGUGUAUAUAUCCUGUAUCUGCUGAAUUUACAUAAUGUAAACUGAAAACAUCUGGCAAUAAAUGGUUUUCACAACA